GGACGGCAGUAAGAUACCGAGUCAUUGUAUGUACACAUUCCCCUCUUCGCUCUUCCCUCUUUGUAUACAAACUAUAGCUCUGGUGAGGUCAUCUGAGUUUGGCGCUGACUGUCAGUCAUCAUCUAACCCGGCCUAGGAGCAAGCGAGAAGAGGACGAGAAAUGACAAAAAUGACAUAUCAAAAAUGUCACAUCACCAGAAACACAGGAACAAGUACCCCGAGUGUAAAUCGUUUUCUGCAAGAGACGCAUGAUAGAAGGAAGGGCAGGGUCCUGAUGACUCGCAUCCCGUAUUGGUACCUUCUCCGCCCCAGUUCCCCGCCAAGUACCGGUGCCUAGUAAGCGCUACGUCGUACCAAUACUUUCCUUGUCUCUGCUUGCUAGCCCUAUGUAGUUCCCACGAGAGUCACGUGGAACCAACCCGGUGAUUCACCGCCCGGGUGCCUGCUUAGUCACCAGCAUAUAAUAGGCGGGGCUGAGCCGCUUCCUGGGCUCACUUCAUCCAUCGUCAUUCCACCGCGGUCUCCGUCUAUCUAUCACCAACAAGCAUUCUCAUACCAAGCUCCUAACCACUGCAUCUAUUUAACCCCCCCCCUUGGCAACCUGCCGCCACACCUCUUUUGCAUCUCUCAGCCAAACAUCUAUCCAUAGUAUUUAUCCCACAUCCACCAUGCGGUCCAAGUUCAAGGACGAACAUCCCUUCGAGAAGCGCAAGGCAGAAGCUGAGCGCAUCCGAGCAAAAUAUGCUGAUCGUAUCCCCGUAAUCUGCGAAAAAGUCGAGAAAUCAGACAUCGCAACCAUCGACAAGAAGAAAUAUCUCGUCCCCGCAGACCUCACCGUCGGCCAGUUCGUCUACGUCAUCCGCAAGCGCAUCAAGCUCUCACCCGAGAAGGCCAUCUUCAUCUUCGUGGAUGAGGUCCUGCCUCCCACCGCCGCUCUGAUGAGCAGCAUCUAUGAAGAGCACAAGGACGAGGACGGUUUCCUAUAUAUCACAUACUCCGGCGAAAACACGUUCGGUGAAUGUUGAAAAAAAUAUUCUUUAAAAAAAUACAAAGGAUACACCGCCUUUCUUUACUUGCUUACUGGGGACAUUUUUGUUCUGCAACCCUAUUAUUUACCUUUUGCGAAGGCCAGGAUCUUCCUUCAAAAAAGGCCUGAGCCAGGGACAACGAGACACGAUAUGAAACUAUUCACGGGGGCUUUGAGAUCUCAAUCGGGAGCAUUUUAUGUGUAUCUGGCGUUUGUUUGUCCUUGUUACUGCUUCUACUGUCUGCUUUGCUAGGGAUAUAAAUGAUCUCACUUUCUUCUAUUUUCUAUUUCGUUUUGUCUUAACCUUGGUUUUUUCUUUUGUUAUGUUACGCUUUCUGUUUUCCGGCUUACCUGUUUGCAAAAUCCCGUUUAAUAUUUUAGUUGUAGCUCUUUUACUGCUCUAGUAAGGCCCGCCGCCCUAUGCUUUUCGCGUGGGCCUACCAAUACAUGCCCUUUUACGCAGCUUAGUGAGUGGGUUGACUGGGAUGGGAUGGAUUGAGCGGUAUCCAUCCCCUGUCUUCCUCGUCUCAUCCUUUUUACUCUCGGGUACUUUCUUUCUUUCUUCUUUUCUUUUCUUUUCUUUUUUUUCCUUGCCUGGUCUCGCUAUAAUUACCCAUACCGAUUAAGCUUUUGCGGAGAUCGGUAUUCAAUAACUAUCUAAAUACAAGACCAGUAGUGAGGGUUUUUGGUCGCGUUAGAAUACAGAAAACCAAAACGCAAAUCCUGUUGCCUAAUUUUGUUCCUCCCAGCCGGGCUGCUUAUGUGGUCUGUUUGCAGGUUUUCCCCUAGCUUUUUGCCCAUGUGGUACAUGGCUGAAGGGUCGGCUGUGUUCGGCGGGAGAUGAUAACGCAGCGGUAAUAUGGGUAAUAUGGGUAAAAUUGCCAAUAGGACGCAUUACAGAAAGAGCCCUAUGGGGGGGUUGAAAGGCGCGAAGAAAGAUAAAGGAGAAUAAAAGAAACAACGCGAUGCUAAAAUUUCGCUCCUCAGGAAAGAUGAAAUGCAAACAAAACGCCUCCUUCGGGUGACCAGAUCAUGAACACGCAAGCAAGUAUACAAUAUAUACAGUAGAACGCCAAAAUCGAAAGAUUUUGUCCCAGCGCAGGUAAUCUAAUCUCCAGUGAUCCCUCACGCAAAUAUAGUACUGUACAAAAGUCUCCCCAGGGACUUGCGAGGGUAUCUGGAGCAUUGCAUAGGGCUGAUAUGUUCCAUGCGGGAGGGCGGGAAUAUGUCGACACCUCCGCCCCUCCCAGUGCUGGAGCAGACUGAACGACAACGAUAGCGAUCAAAUCGCUGCUUUUCCAUGUGGAGAGGUAUAUGAGCACAGGAGGAGCUUUUAAGCACUGAUAAUGGAACGAUUGCAGUUGGCGGUGUAGGGGACAUGAACGCCGCAGAACACCCAAGUCAACCUGCGGUGAUUCCCCUGGCGACUGGGGGAUCUAUGUUGGUUGGGACUAUAUUCUCUUCAAAACGAACGAAUGAGGCGGACAGGCCGUGUAGAUCCGUAGGGUAGGGUAGGCUGUAUAGUUUGAGAUGCUGGUUGAAUUGCGACUGGAGCGUUCAACGCAGUAGUGCCUGUCAUUCAUGCAUUGGGGUCCUGUCAGCUCGUUGGCGCCGCCGUUCCCUUCUCCUUUCCCUUCCCUUCCCUUCCAAUCUAUUAUUUUCCAAUCCACUCCCGCCCCCUCUGGCCCCCAUUCCCACUUGCACUUAACCCCCCUUACACAGACUCCCACCCUCCCCACCACCCCUUCACCCUCCUCAAGCCAAGAUUAAACAGAUAACGCGGAUCAGAUGGUUGCUCGGGGUGUUUCGCUCUGUGUUCCCGGCGGAUGCGCACGUAGGCGGCCGAAGAGCCGAUGAAGACGGCGAAGAGGGGGUCGGCGAUCCUAUUGUGGGUCAGGGGAUUUGCGCGGUUAGUUGUGGGCUGGUGUUAGGUUUUUUGCUUGCAUAUAUACGGCUUGUCUUUUCGAGAGGGAGGUUUGGUAGGAGGAGUGAGGGGUGGCAGGGCCAUGGAGGGGAAUCGAGUUGGGGGAGAGAGGGCGGAGUUGGCUUGCUGAUCGGGCUGGGAAUUUGUUGGUUGGAUGGAGCCGAUACUUACCGUGAGAUUAGGUACGGGUAAGCCACUGCGGCAGACAUUGUUUUGCUGGAAUUCGGAAACCCUUCUAUAUAGUUGUUUUGGAUGAAUGGGAAUGGUUGAAAUGCGCGACUAUUCCAUCCACACAGGGAAUUCGCAAGGAUUUGGAUUGACGAUAAGUUGAUGCUUCGGGGGUUGACUGUCGAUGAUUGGACGGAGCUGUCUAGCGGAAUUUCUUGGCAUAGAUUUUGGUCUCACUAACUAGGCGUCUUUGCUUAUAUAAGGGUAUCACAUCCUGGUCGAAGAAAUACAACAAGAGAUGGAGAACAGGAGGGGAUAAUUACAGGGGUAAGGUGCUAUACUGUUUUGGUAGAAUUGGUUAGAUAUAGCAGUCCGUGGGUGUCUUGUCUGAUGGACGCCGCUUGAGGACUAAAAAAGACCGUUUAGAUGAGAGGGAAUGGGCAACAACUUUUAUGACAUAGAUGUACAUAGAUCUAUCAUGUUCCAACGCCGGAAUUUUAACCACGCGCUAUCUAUAUAGGAAAAAAUAACCAUAAGAAGCAAAGAGUAGAGCAGUGACAAACAUAAAAUUACAUAGGCCCGUAUAUAAAAAUCCCAACAAAAAGCCUAACGCACGUAUACUCU